AUGAUUCUCCCAACGUGGACUGAGGCCAGACGAGCCUGGGCCACAACUCGGGUUAGAGCCAGUGGACAGCGCAAAAGCUUAUUAAAGUCUAUAUUAUGGUUCGCCGAGCUCGAGGAACAGUUUCAUCUAUCCGGGAUUAACGAUAAAGUAACGAGGUAUUAUUAUGCCUCGUCUCAUCUCGAUCCCAAGGCCGCUGCUGAGGUGCAGGAUAUCCUCCUAAAUGUGCCUGCCGAGACACCGUACACACGUCUCAAGGAGGCGCUCGUCGAACGCUUCACGCUCUCCCGAGACGCACGACUCCAGCAGCUGCUCGACCGAGAGGUAUUGGGUGACAGGAAGCCCUCGCAAUUCCUGCGUCAUCUCAGGAGUCUCGACGGCAUGGUUUCUGACAACAUUUUACGCACCAAGUGGCUCAGCCGACUGCCGAUGACGACGCAGUCCAUCCUGGCGUCACAAGCGGACAUGGCUCUCGACAGGCUUGCAACACUCGCCGACAAACUGCACGAGAUCGCCUUGCCGGUAGCCCACAUCAAUGACGUCCAGGAGCCAACGUCCUCAGCCCUCGAGACACCCUUUUCUCGUCUCGAAGCAAUCUGCGAGCCGGCAUCGGCCCUAAAAGGGCAAAGCGUCGUACGUUCUCGCUCCCGCUCUCGAUCCCGUUCUCGAACAACCUUGCCAGCACCCGACAACAACCAGUGCUGGUAUCAUCGAAGAUACCACGACAGGACUAGACGUUGCAAAGCACCUUGCUCGUGGCAGGGAAACGCCCCGACGGAUCGUUAG